AGGGGUGCAUCUCCUGUAGAAUUAAUAGAUUUUGACACCGUUUUAACUGUCAUGGCUCAAUGCUAUGGGAUCAGGAGUGUUGUAGUUUUACAAAGUCUUCUCUGACAAAGGAGCUCUCACACCACCAAACUACAAAUCCCAGGUUUCCUUGACAUUGAGCCAUGGCAGUUAAAGUGAUGUCAAACUUCAUUAAUUCUAAAAGGAGGAUGUGCUCUCAGUCAUCAAUGUGUGUUCUGUGAACAGAGAACAAGCUACAUUGCCCUUUCUUAUGUCAAGAAGAGAUGGAGCUUCUUAUAAAACAUGCUGUGUCCCAAUUUUUCUCCAGAUUUAAAUUCCCCAAUCUUGUUGACAUAAUAACACUCGCGUUCUAGAAAUCCACCAUUCUUCCUGUUUGUUUGUUUUCUAAUUUCCAGACUGUUAAAAACCAUGCCACAGUUUUGAGUUUGCAGCUUGAUUGAAACAGUGAAAUGAGAAAUCGUGUCAAAUUGCAUGAUCUUGUGCAGUGAGUGUGUCUGAACUGAGGUGUGGAUGAACUUGCUGGAUCCUUAAUAGAUGAAAGAUGUGAAAAGGCACACAAUUCAUGUGCAAUUGAUGUUUCGAAAUUCUACUGCUAAUUGAAUAGGUCAUUUUAGGAGGGCGCAUAACUCAAAUUAGCAGACCAUCUGUGGCAACUCGAAACCCUUCAGACAGCUGAACACAGAAGAGCUCAUGUCUGUUACUUGUAGCUUAUGAGUCACUGAGGUGGUGAAUCUCUCCAGGGUUUUAGUCUGCUUUAAUAGAAAUAUCUGAAAUGCUUAAUGCUGUAAUCAAAAUAAGUUCCUCACCUUGGAUAGUUGCUCAUAUUGAACUGAUCUGGAGCUCCUUUAAAGAAGACAUUUUUGAUUGAAAUUCCAGAGUUGAGUUGGGAAAAACUCAAGAUCACCCAGUGGGUUUCCAUGAUUGAGUCGGGAGCCAAAUCCUGGUUUCCAGAAUCAUGGUAAACCACUUCAGCAAGUUGGCUGUCAAAUGGGUUGUUGUGUGUUUUUCAGGCUGUAUGGCCAUAUUCCAGAAAGAUUCUCUACUGACGUUUCGCCCACAUCUAUGGCAGGCAUCCUCAGACGUUGUGAGGUAAAUGAAAAAACUAAGCAAGGUAGGUUUAUAUAUCAGUGGAAAGUCCAGGGUGGGGGGGAAACACUUGUCUGUUGGAGGACAGUGUGAAUGUUGUAAUUAAACACCUUGAUUACCAUUAAAUGGCCUUCCAAGCUUCACAUCCUGGCCUAGGGGAAUCCUUUGUUCAGAGUCAUUAGUUGCCCCUGAUUGAUUAAUGUCUGAAAUUCUUCUCUUUUCAGAGUGUUGCUCUUUAUUUACUGUUCUGAUUUUAGAGGUUUUUUUUUUUAAUACUGAUAGCCAGAUUCUGUUCAUUUUCAUGGUUUCCUCCUUUCUAUUGAAAUUAUCCACAUGCUUGUGGAUUUCAAUGGCUUCUCUUUGUAGUCUGACAUGAUAGUUGUUGGAGUGGUCGAGCAUUUCUGUGUUCUCAAAUAAUAUACUGUGUCCAGGUUGAUUCAUCAAGUGCUCUGCUAUGGCUGAUUUCUCUGGUUGAUUUAGUCUGCAGUGCCUUUCAUGUUCCUUGACUUGGGUUUGGCUGCCAAAUAUUCUCUGCUUUCAGUGCUCUGAGAGGUCAGUAUGGCAUUGGAGGCUAGUGCAGUAUAAUAGUUUGGGUGUUAGACUGGACUUUGAAGACCAAGUUUGGAAUCCUUGCUCAGCCAUGGCAAGUCACAGGCUUUGGCCUCGGAGGGAGGCUAUAGCAAAUGUCUUCUAAACAAAUUGUGCCAAGAAACCCCUGUAAUAGGUUCACCUUAGGGUUGCUAUAAACUGGAAAUUAUAAACAGUCAUAACAAAUGUAAAUAGCAUUUAUCAUUUAUCAUUUGCAGAAAGGUGGGUUGGAUUUCCAUCCGCCUCCAUCUUUGAUCUGGACAGGAAAAUCUGUUCUGCUGUAAUAGAGUCUGUUUCCCUGUUUGUUUCAGAACUGCCUCUCUUUCUCUGGUUUCCCAGAUGUGCCUUUGUUUCCCAUAUGCAUAUUUUGCCCAGGGCAAAUGUGUCUUGAUGUUUAUUUUUAGUCUGGAGGCAGCUGUGGUGAUCUGCUUUAAUCUGAGAGCAACUUCAGGGACCAUGCAUGAUUUGUUUCAACCCAUUUUAAUAUUUUUCUUACUCCAAAUUAAUUGACAUUUUCUGUCCAAUCAGCAGUGGGUUCUACUUAGCUAGCCAGACGUAUUGGGACAAGCAGAAGAAAAAUUAUGUUGCUGUGCCAUUAUGUGAGAGAAACAUAAUACAAGGGAAUAUAGAAGAAAUCUUUGAUUUCAGAGAAUGUCUGCUUUAAAGGGGGGAAAUGUGGCAUUCUAUUAUAUGUACUGUAUAUGACUGGCAUCAACAUCAUUUUGAGAAGACUCAGUAUCCUGGCAAGGAUAUGAAACCUGGAACUACUCUUGUGGUUGUUGGCAUGGAAUUCAGCAAAGAAUUCCAAGGAAUAAUUGAAAUUGUUAUAUAUCUGUAUUCACCAAGACACUAUUGUGAUGUUACAUUGCAUGGACAUUUAUUGCACACAGAUUGAUGCAGCAAGGUAUCAAUGUACAAUGGGCAUCUAAACACAGACUAGGAAAUGCCAUACCACAACAGAAGUGUCCAGUGUGCAUCACAAAUUAUGAAGAUACACCAUAAGUGCACCGUGUAUGCUAUUGGAUGGUCAUCUGUUGGGAGUGUUUUGAUUGUGUGUUCCUGCAUGGCUGGGGGUUGGACUGGGUGGACCUUGGAGUCUCUUCCAAAUCUAUAGUUCUAUGGUGGGACCUUUGGAUUUUUCUCUUGCCCUUCUUUUUACAGCCCUCCCCUGCUAUCUGAAAAUGGUCUCCAGAAUAUUUUGCAUUCUGGAGCAGUCAAUUUUAGAAAGCAUGCCAAGAGGUCCAGAGAAGAGGUCCAGCACUGAAAUCUGGCUUAUCAAUUUAACAUGGGGAGAGGACCAGUCAGAAAUAACAGUUUACUUGCACUUAGGGCUGUGGAUAUGUACUUGAAUUUUUAAAAAAAUGAUCCAAGAGCCCCAAAUUCAGUACCUUGGACAGCUCUGCUGAAACUGAGCACUGAUACGCUACCUCAUUGAUGGGAAGGGAAAUGCUAGUAAGGAAUAAACAGGAUAGUUGCAGAUAUUUAGGAUUAUAAUACAGCGUGGGUGUCAACAGUUCAGCCGCAUCAGUUGAAUGUUACCUAUAGUUCAAUGUUGUUCAGUGGGAGAAUACGCAAACUGGAGGAAUGAACUUGUUUCCUGGACUGUGCUCGGCCCGGUCCUCUGUGCUAAUUAUAACUCUGCCUUGGGGAGUUGUGUUAUCAGCCAUGCGUGGGGAAGCUCUUCAUCCUCUGGCCAAAUAAGAUCUUUCCAGAAACAGUUUGCUGGACUUUUUAGAAGAGACAGACAAGAGACAGAGACUACAUUAUUUAAAAACUUUCAACAAAAAGGCUAAAAAGGCUAAUUUCUAAUUGGCAUCCCUUUUCACCCCUUGCUUCAUUGAAGUAUGGUUCUACAGUUCUUUCCCUAGAAAUUGGCUCAUUCUUUUUUAAUCAGAGCUGGGAUACCCUAGAAGAAGUCUCCAUUUUGAAUCACUUAGGGAUCCACUGGUUGACCUUAGUUUAGCAUAGUUUCAUGCUCAUUUGGACUCAGCCCUUCCAUCUCUUAUAUAGGUAAAGGUUUUCCCCUGACAUUAGGUCCAGUCAUGACUGACUGGUGGUUGGUGCUCAUCUCCAUUUCUAAGCCGAAGAGCCGGCAUUGUCCGUAGACACCUCCAAGGUCAUGUGGCCAGCAUGACUGCAUGGAGCACCAUUACCGAGCGGUACCUAUUGAUCUACUCACAUUUGCAUGUUUUCGAACUGCUAGGUUGGCUGGGGCUAACAGUGGGCGCUCAUUCCGCUCCUGGGAUUUGAACCUGGCACCUUUUGUUCCGCAAGUUCAGCAUCUCAGCGCUUUAACGCACUGUGCCACUCUUAUAUAGGUGAUGCAAUUACAAGAAGAUCGUGCAUGGUCUAGUACGUUGAGCAUUGGACUAUGACAAGCUUGGCCAUGGGGCACUUCUGGGUGAUCUCACUCUCAGGAGGAGACAAAGGCAAAUCUACCACUGAACAAAUAUUGACAAAAAAACUCAAUGGUUGCCAGAAGCUGGAGAUGGCAUGAAGGCACACAGCUACAAUAAAGCACUGGGAAAUUGCUUUAUAAGAGUUAUGCAUUGAUAAAGUAACAGAAUGGCUCUUUCAUUGUAAAGUUUUAAAAGCUGGUAAUAGGCUUUACUUAGUGCAUGCUCUGUUCUUGACAAAAUACUUUCCAAUUAUAUAUUUAUGUGCAACUCAUAUGUCCAUGUGUCUGCACUAAGAGAAAAUCCAGAAACCUAGAAAUUAACUGGAGAAAAGGAGCAAGGUCCUGAUAUGUAGGAGUCAUACUGGUGGCCCAAGAGGCAGCCCUGACAUUGCAUGAACCCUCCUUGCAGUUGUAUUUGUAGCCUCGAUUCCAUGGGGUUUCUUGGAAAUUCCCUUUCUUCCCCCCACCCCAUAAAAAAAUAACAGAGUCCCAUGAAAACUUUCAGAAAUGACAAUCUCCUUUUUAAACAGACUGAACUCCUUCUUUAAAAAUGCUUUUAAAAACCAAAGGUGCAUUGCCAGGUUUUUUGUAAUGGGGGAAGCCUGGCCCUUUGUAGGAGGCCCCAAAAGAUCCCAGCCAGGGAUGGAAAUAAUAUUUGAUUUUUAAAAAGUGUCUCUUGAGUAUCUGGAAAUCCUGGUAAGGAAAUUUUUAGAUACACAAGUCUUUCUAACACAGGAUUUAUCCUGGGCAAUAUUGUACGCGAGUAUUUCUGUGUACAGAAAACAUAGAAGUAUGAAUUUUGCUCAGAAUGAGUCCUCAACAAUACAAUUUUCAGCACAUACAACAAAUCUGCAAAUCCUUUCCAGUGCAAAGAGCUCUGCUUCCUGGAGAGAAAAAUGUGCACAAUUUCUGCAGACUGAGUCCCAAACAGAGAAUAGUCUGAAAUCUACACGUUUCUGGAGACUUUCUCACAGUAGGAAGAAAACUGCCUGAACUUCUCACUCUUUCCUUUGAGAAUGAAACUGAUAAAGAAUCACAUUUUUAAUCUGAGGGGCAGAAAAUUGGCCUCUGGACCCAAGCAAAAUUGCCCACCAGUGCUGGAAACCAUCUCAAACAAGAUGGUAAAUGUAGCAGAUAAACACUUCUCUCUCCCCUCUGUGUUUUCCCUAGAGCUUGUCAUUUCAGAAGUUCGGCGGUGCAAACAUUCCCUUUUAGCUGAGCUCGAUACUGCUUCGGAUUCCUUCUGUGCAAAAUGAAGACUUGUAGGAGAUGGCUCUUGGUAGCUCUUGUGUCUAUUAACCUCAAUUUAUCCUAGGCUUAUUCUUCAUUUUUUUUCAAGGAGGGAAUUUUUUUUUUGCCAGGGAGAGAGGUUUCAUAUCUGCCUUUGCAAACACACACACGCACACACAUUUGGAUUUUUGUCUGUGUGCCUGGGAGGAGGGAGAAAGCAAGAGGAAUUGAGAACAAAUUUUCAAGGCUAUUUUUUUUAUUUUGCUUCCUUCUGUGAUUUCUUUCUUCUCCCAUCGCCCAACAAGGGGACGUUUUGUAGUUCAGCCUUGCAAGCCCAGCUGCACAGAGCAUUGAUUGCUUCUGCCUGGAGCAGAGAGGUUGUCAAGUUGCUCUGUGAGUUGAGUCAUCUAUUGACAAAGAGCUCCUAGCCAGCAGAUGAUGCUGUGCAGCUCCACUCUCUGGGAUCCCACGAUGCACCGUUGAUAGCAGCUGUCAAAGGUGCUCUGAGGGUCUCUGGAACAAGACGGCCGAUCGCAUCCUCGGAGGAGAGAAGAAGGCAGGGGAAGAACUUGAGAACAGGGCGCCAUGAACGCACACCUUCCAAGGCAGCACAGCUGCUGCCGGGGUCACGACGGGAUCGAUUCCACCAGAGGGGUGCAGACGCCCCCCAGGGAUGCCCCUUGCGCUUGUGGCUGGCAGCAGAACACCAAGGGACGUUGUUACCCUCAUCCUCACCCUCACCACCAUCACCAUCACCAACCCCUGACGCACUCCAUUUCCGGACCUCCAGCACUGACUGUGAUGCACCCCAGGACUAAGUGUAGCACAUCGUGGGACAAUGCCCAGAAGAGCCCCCCAAAAACCUUAGGUAGGACGAAGGGGGCAGGAAAGGGUUGGUGGUCGGAUUGCACCUGUCCUCACAGCUGGUACCACCAAGGACAGGCCAGCCCUGCUCCUAUAAUCGUCAACACUGAUACCUUGGACACCAUUCCCUAUGUCAAUGGAACAGAGAUUGAAUAUGAAUUUGAAGAGAUCACAUUGGAACGGGGUAAUUCUGGCCUGGGUUUCAGUAUUGCUGGAGGAACAGAUAACCCACACAUUGGGGACGAUCCUGGAAUAUUUAUUACUAAGAUUAUACCAGGAGGAGCAGCAGCAGAGGAUGGCAGACUCAGAGUCAAUGAUUGCAUCUUGCGGGUGAACGAGGUCGAUGUAUCGGAGGUGUCACACAGCAAAGCUGUUGAGGCGCUCAAAGAAGCCGGCUCCAUAGUGCGACUAUAUGUCCGCCGGAGAAGACCCAUUUUGGAGACAGUUGUUGAAAUCAAACUGUUCAAGGGACCAAAAGGUCUGGGGUUCAGCAUUGCUGGAGGUGUGGGGAAUCAGCACAUCCCUGGAGACAACAGUAUCUACGUUACGAAAAUCAUUGAUGGAGGAGCAGCACAGAAGGAUGGGAGGUUGCAAGUCGGAGACAGGCUUCUUAUGGUAAAUAACUACAGUUUAGAAGAAGUAACGCAUGAAGAAGCAGUAGCAAUAUUGAAGAAUACAUCUGACGUAGUUUAUUUAAAAGUUGGGAAGCCUACCACCAUUUACAUGACUGAUCCCUAUGGCCCACCAGAUAUUACCCAUCCUUAUUCCCCAGCAAUGGAAAACCAUAUAUUGUCUUCAGGCAACAAUGGCACUUUAGAAUACAAGGCGUCUAUGGCCCCCAUCUCUCCAGGAAGAUAUUCGCCUAUCCCAAAGCACAUGCUAGUGGAGGAUGACUAUACCAGGCCUCCUGAACCUGUUUACAGCACUGUGAACAAAUUCUGUGAUAAGCCACCUUCUCCUAGGCACUAUUCCCCUGUCGAGUGUGACAAAAGCUUCCUCCUUUCAGCUCCCUAUCCCCACUACCACAUAGGCCUGCUCCCUGACUCUGAGAUUAUCAGUCAUUCACAGCACAGCACAGUAAACCGGCCACCCACAGUGAGCAUACAACGGAGCAUUUCUAUAGAAGGAGAACCUCGGAAAGUUGUCUUGCACAAGGGCUCGACAGGUCUUGGUUUCAACAUUGUGGGAGGAGAAGAUGGCGAAGGCAUUUUUGUAUCCUUCAUCCUAGCAGGAGGACCAGCUGAUCUCAGUGGCGAGCUGCAGAGGGGAGACCAAAUUUUAUCUGUGAAUGGAAUUGAUCUUCGUGGUGCUACCCAUGAACAGGCCGCUGCGGCACUUAAAGGAGCAGGGCAGACGGUAACAAUAAUAGCACAAUACCAGCCAGAAGAAUACGCCCGAUUUGAGGCCAAGAUCCAUGACCUGCGUGAACAGAUGAUGAAUCACAGCAUGAGUUCUGGAUCGGGCUCCCUGCGAACCAAUCAGAAGCGCUCCCUCUACGUCAGAGCCAUGUUUGACUAUGACAAAAGCAAAGACAGUGGUCUCCCAAGCCAAGGACUCAGCUUCAAGUAUGGAGACAUCCUCCAUGUUAUCAAUGCCUCCGAUGAUGAAUGGUGGCAGGCAAGAAGAGUUAUGCUGGAGGGGGACAGUGAAGAGAUGGGUGUCAUACCCAGUAAAAGAAGGGUUGAAAGGAAAGAGAGAGCACGCUUAAAGACAGUGAAGUUUAAUUCGAAGCCUGGUGUCAUUGAUGCAAAAGGGUCAUUCAAUGACAAGCGUAAAAAGAACUUCAUCUUUUCACGAAAAUUCCCAUUCUACAAGAACAAGGAGCUGAGUGAGCAGGACACGAGUGACCCCGAACAACAUGUUCCCUCUCUUGCCAGCGAUAGCGAAAGUAGCUACAGAGGACAAGAGGAUUUCAUUCUCUCCUACGAACCUGUAACAAGGCAGGAAAUUAAUUACACCAGACCAGUUAUUAUUCUUGGUCCAAUGAAAGAUCGGAUCAAUGAUGAUUUGAUAUCUGAAUUUCCUGACAAAUUUGGCUCCUGUGUACCACAUACAACACGGCCCAAGCGCGACUAUGAAGUGGAUGGGAGAGACUACCAUUUUGUCAUCUCCAGAGAACAAAUGGAAAAGGACAUCCAAGAGCACAAAUUCAUAGAGGCCGGGCAGUAUAAUGAUAAUCUAUAUGGAACUAGUGUGCAGUCUGUGAGAUUCGUGGCAGAAAGGGGUAAACACUGUAUACUCGAUGUAUCAGGAAAUGCCAUUAAGCGACUACAAGCGGCACAGCUCUACCCCAUUGCUAUCUUCAUUAAGCCUAAAUCGUGGGAGCCAUUGAUGGAAAUGAAUAAACGCUUCACAGAAGAACAAGCCAAGAAAACGUACGAGAGAGCAAUGAAGUUAGAGCAAGAAUUUGGAGAGUAUUUUACAGCUAUUGUCCAAGGAGAAACCUUAGAAGAAAUAUAUAACCAAUGCAAAUUUGUAAUUGAAGAACAAUCUGGGCCUUUCAUCUGGAUUCCUUCCAAGGAAAAGCUAUAAAGUAGCCAGUUCACCUCUGAUUUAUCACAGAAGCGUAUUUAGAAGAAAACUUAAUCCUAUCCUAUUUGGAAGCUUUGGGGAGGGUGUGAUUUUGGGGAGGGAGGGGGAGAUACUUUUCCGUUUCUUGCAGUCAAUGUGAAUUUUUUCUGAAUGUACAACACAAAGUGUUUGAAGCCAUGAAGGACAUUGAUUUGGUCAAAAAGGGUAGAGAAAGAAAAAGGAAGAAAGGAAAUCUUCCCAACACAACAAAAAAAAGAAAGACUUCUGCCAUAUGAAACGAACAAACAAACUGUUAUCGCUUGGUAAGGACGGGCGUUCAACGUGGAGGCUCGCUAUCCAAGAGAGCAGAUGCGCGUCCUCAUCCCAUAUUCUUGGCUCAGCUCAAUGUGUUUGUUGAUUGCUUUAAAGAAGAAGUUUCCCCUUGAUCCUGCAAAGAACGUCACUCUGGAGUUCCAAUCGGUAAGAUGGGAAUCGGACGCGGGCGCGGAGGAGACAUGUACUGAACUGAUGUUCCUGACAUGCGAUACACCAUGCACCAUUCGAAAUAGUGUCCUGCAGGACCUGAUCCAUCUUCCACCGAUCUCUGCAAAGACUGUGAAUGCUUUUCCUUCCUCUUCCCUGGAUGUUGGAUCAGGUGCUGAGUUUAACCAUAGCACAUAUGUAUUUGGUACACCUCGACUUUCGUAUAACUAUGCACAUUUCUUUCUCUCUUUGUUUUUUUUUUUUAAUUUCCUGAAAUGGAUCCAGAGCAUUAUUCAUCCACCACCAGCACCACCUUUCAGUAGGGAUGGGAAAAUAUUUCCAAAAUAAAUUGAAAACCAAUUGUGAAAAACAGGUUUCCCAAGCAGCGGGAAACUCAAACAAGGAAAAAGUGAUGCGAAUCUUUGCAGGUUGAGAUUUAUUCUGGAUCAAAGAAAAUAUUGUUUUUUGCACAGACAACAUAAAUGAUUUCGCAUAGAAUAAAUCCCAAACUGAAGUUUUAAAAAAACUGGCCUUUUGGACAAUGUUCUGCUACCAGGAAGAAAAUUGAAUAAAUGACUCAUUCUUCCCUGCAGGAAUGGACUUGACCAAAAUUGCCAUCCCUACUUCAGACCCACUUUUUCAUCCAGUCCUUAUUGAGAACGUGGGUCCAUUCAGUUGGAUUUGGUGGGAGAGAAAAGCAUUUAGUCUCAAAAUGCAUUCACAUAAAAGCAUGGGAGUUCAGGGUACUUAAAAACUUGACUGAAAAGGAAUACAAUUGGGAAAAGCUUUACGUUUUAUUUUAAUUGUCUAUAUUAUCAUUUAUAUAAAGACAGAGGGCACUUAAAGAUGGAAUAAUUUAUUAAAGAAUAUAUAUUGAUGUAUAGGCGCUAAUUUCUAUAGGUGACAAAAUAUUUUGUGAGAUAUUUUGUAAAGAUUAAGUAAUUGAAAGGUGAACUAUUUUUCACCCUUGGCUGGUUGUUAAAUGCGAAGGGGGAUUUCAAGUUGCACUAUCCCAUUGUUCUUCCCCCAAGUAGACUUCCUGAUGUAUUAUUUCUUAACCUUUUGAUGUUCUCCUUUUACUUUCUGAAUUAGGUAUCAUGGUCUUCUUUUUUUAAUAGACAAAAUUCUGGUUCGAGCCACUCUUAAAACAUACUUUGGACACAAGGAAAUGAAUAACUUAUAUAAAAUGGAACCGCAGCAUCAAAAAUAUCAGUGGCUUGAAUGCAAUCCCUGUUCUUGGGAAGAUAACUACCAUCAACCCCUCAUUGGAUGAGUAAUUUCUAGAAGCAGUGACAUAUUUUACUGGCAUGCCACUAAUAAUAUGCUGAUUUCCCAGUUCAUGGUAUUUGGUCUCGUUCUGGGGAUAUUUGGAGAGUUAAUCAGGGGAAGGUUCAAUUUAAGAUACACUAAAGAUCCGUGUUUGGCUAAAUUUUCUAUUUAAACAUCAGACAUUAAGAUGGCAUGGAAGCCAUGUCGAACUCUGUUUUCUGAGCACAAAAGACUAACCUUUAGUAUCUCUGUGAUGUGGGAGUGGACCUACAGAGAGACACUAAACCAAUAUGUAUCUACUCAGAAGUAAGCCCCAUGGAGUAAGCUCCACUUUACAAGUUUUCUCUGGCAUCAUUUAACAAAAAUAUAUUGUGGCUUAAUGCGUGAGCGUAAUUUUAAAAAGAAACCUCUUAUUUUCCAUCCUCUAAAAUCUUAAUGUGUUUCCUAAUUGUUUUUUAAAGAUGUUUCAUGUUUUCUUUUAAUGAUACACUCCAGAGAAAAGCCAAAGCCAGUGUUCUACAUCAGCUACAGGUUGAGAAUCCCUUAUUCUGAAAUACUCCGAAAUCUAAAAUUUGGCUCAGAUAGUGAUGCCUUUGGUUUUGGACAGUUGAAUAUACACAAACUUUGUUUCAUGCACAGAAUUAUUGCAGAUAUUGUAUAAAAUUACUUACAGGCGGUGUGCAUAAAGCAGGCAUGGGAAAACCUUGGCCCUCCAGGUGUUUUGGACUUCAACUCCCACAAUUCCUAACAGCCAGUAGGCGUUAGGAAUUGUGGGAGUUAAAGUCCAAAGCACCUGGAGGGCUGAAGUUUUUCAAUUCCUGGUAUAAAGCAUACAUGUAACAUAAAUGAAUUUCAUGUUUAGACUUGGAUCCCAUCUCCAAGAUACUGGUAUUCCAAAAUCCGAAAGAAUUUGAAAUCCAAUACACUUCUUGGUGCUAGGAAUUUCAGAUAAAGGAUGCUCAACCUGCCAUUCGUUAAAUAUACUUAACUAAGUAACCUUCUUGGGGCCCUCCAGAAAAAUCACCUGCAUCUCUGCAUUGCAGCUGAUGCCCAGGACAAUGGGGUACAAUCCAGAUAAUAGUGUCACAAAAGUGAGUAAGUAGUGGUCAUGAAAAUGGAAUGGUUAAGUAAAUUUAGUCAUCCAUAAUUGCUACAUAUUCACAAUUGACACCUAGCUGUGAUUGGACAAUAUUGCCACAAUCCUAAUCUACUUUGCCAGGCAUCCGCAGAAUGUGGAGGAAAAGGUCCAUUCUGCUCAUGAUAAAUGGAUAAAUGACAUUUCCAUCUUGGAAAUCGGGCCAAGAAAGGUUACUUAGUUAAGUACAGCGAGCCCUCGAUAUUUGCUGGGUUUUGGUUCAAGGAUGCCCCAUGGAUACCAAAAUGCAUGGAUGCUCAAGUCCCAUUAUAUACAAUGGCAUAGUGAAACAGCUGGAGAACCUGAGGAUCUGUGAAAUUGUGGGAGUCUGCUUUUGCUUUUGGGAUUUUUUCCCAAAUAUUUUUUGAGCCAUGGUUGGUUGAGCCUGUGGAUGUAGAUCUUAUAUAUAAGGAGGGCAGACUGUAUGCUUAAUUAUGCAGUGGAUAUAGAAUGCUGGCCACUGUUUCUGUUUUGUGGGGACUGGAUGAUUCAUUAAGCUCAACCAUUUUUGUUGACUAACCUCUUCGGGACUGAAGUUUUAGUUCACAGCAUAGACUUCAUUGGUCUCCCUACUUCCAACAAUGGAAGCAGCAGUUCUGGGUUAGCAGUGGAGCUCUGCAUGUGUCCAGGAGCACCUCACUGAGCUGCUAGACCAGAGCCUGAAUAUACAGAAUUAGCUGAAAAUAUUGAUCAGCAGCAUGAGAACCAGAGCUCACAGGAUCAAACCUUUGGCUUUUUUGAUGAUCGGGGAUUAGGAGUUACUUCCCAUUCCCUCUGAGCUGCAGUACUCUCAGUAAUGAAAAGGGAAAUGGGUUUCCCUAAUAAUGUUGCAUUAUCUCUUUUGUGAUCCAAAAGUGUCUUGGGAGUGGCUUGGUCUUGAGUGAGCAAGGUCCUCUUACUUUACAAAAGACCUGCUUCUGGUGGAAAUGAAAACUGCUGGAAAUAUGGAAAGGGGGUGUUUUUAUUACCGAUCAGUGCAGCUAACUGCAUUUUUGGACACUCCUUGGGGAUGUUGUUGAAGAAACUGUCAAACACUUCCGAAUUUUCCACUAUAUUAUCACUGUUCAGUAAACUCUUGGAUGUGAAAGUGUGGCAGGACAUUGAGAAUUACUUAGGUCAAGGUUGCCAUUAAUUUUGUAUGUAGCACUUCUCAAAACACAAGGUGCUUUUAUAGCCUUUGACUCACAUCCUCACGGUAUCUUCAUGAGCUAAAUCAUCCUUGUCAAAUCAAAAGGGAGGGUUUGAGAUGGAACCACGAAUGUGAGCAUUUGCUCAAGGCAACUCAGUGAUGAGGAAUGUGUACUCAUGUUUCCUUCAUUGCUUGACUCCUUGUUCAUUAAGCCAACACCAGCCUGAAAUCGUUAAACUUUCUUUGGCAAUUUCAGACGAAUCCAGGAAAGGAUUUCUGCUUUUGGCGCUGUUUACUUAAGUUAGUCCAAGUUAGCUGCAGACCUUGCAAAAAAACAACAACAGAUUAAUGAAAAUAUUUUCCAAACUAAAAGGGCUAGAACUAUUUUUUUUUCCUUUUAAACAAGCAGAAAAAGUCACUGUAGGAAAAGUAACACCUGGAGAUCAUUCUGCAGAAACCUACAGGGAGAAAAAGCCCAAAUAACUUGGGAAGUAUUGUUCAUUUUUAUGUCAGCAAAAACUUUGUCUCAGGUCUUGAGCUGGGCACCCCUCUCCAAGGGCCUGAUGCAAAACCUUUCUGUUUGCAAUUCAGCUCUGUUUUUCAGCAUCCUCCGGCAUCAGCUUUUCUGUUUUGUUCUGUUUCCUCAGUUUAGCAUGCAACUUUUUAGGAGAGCGAUCCUACUGGUGUAAAGUUCUGUUCCUUCACGUGCUGUGCUUUCCAGUUUGGCAGAACCACUGUGGCUGAAUACAAUCAAGUUCUCCAUCAGUCCUUGGUUACUGUAGUAACAGUUUACGUUUAUUUUUAUUUUCUGUUUCCCUGUGUAUGUGGAGUUACUUUGUGCUUCCAGCUUAGAGUUGCCGUUGCACUUUUUUAAAGAAAAAAAACCUAAAAGAAUAAAGGUGGGGGGUUUGGGGGAGGGAGGGUGAAUGACCACAUAUUUUAUGAGAGAGUGAAAAAAAUAAAAACACCAAGAGAAGCAGCACAUACAUGAUUUUGUGUUCUCCUUAGGGUCUACAUGUUCAUUGCUUUCAUGUCUGGAUGUUUGUAUGCUUUGUGUUUCCUGGAGGUGAAAGAGGUCCCAUACUGUCGCCUUGUAUUUCUAUAGCAGUGGUUCUGAAACUGGGGUCCCCAGAUGUUUUUGGCCUUCACCUUCCAGAAAUCCUAAUUGACUGGGAUUUCUGGGAGUUGUAGGCCAAAAACAUCUGGGGAUCCCAGAUUGAGAACCACUGUUCUAUAGUGUCCAAUUGCUCCCACCAGUCUCAAGAAUGCUGCUUGUAUUUGAUGUUGUUUGGUCACAUGUGACCUAGAAUCAUAGAAUCAUAGAGUUGGAAGAGACAACAUGGUUCAUCCAGUCCAACCCCUUACCAAGAAACAGGAAAAUUUCAUUCAAAGCACCCCCAACAGAUGGCCGUCCAGGCUCUGUUUAAAAGCCUCCAAAGAAGGAGCCUCCAUCACACUCCACGGCAGAGAGUUCCACUGCUGAAUAGCUGUCACAGUGAGGAAAUUCUUCCUAAUGUUCAGGUGGAAUCUCCUUUCCUGCAGUUUGAAGCCAUUGUUCCGAGUCCUAGUCUCCGGGGCAGCAGAAAACAAGCUUGCUCCCUCCUCUGUAUGACUUCCCCUCACAUAUUUAUACAUGGCUAUCUCUUCUGCAGGCUAAGCAUGCCCAGUUCUUUAAGCCGCUCCUCAUAGGACUUGUUCUCCAGACCCUUGAUCAUUUUAGUCGCUCUCCUCUGGACACAUUCCAGCUUGGCAACAUCUCUCUUCAAUUGUGGUGCCCAGACACAGUAUUCCAGGUGUGGUCUGACCAAAGCAGAAUAGAGGGGUAUCAUGACUUCCCUGGAUCUAGACCAGGCAUGGGCAAACUUUGGCCUUCCAGGUGUUUUGGACUUCAACUCCCACAAUUCCUAAAGUCCAAAACACCUGGAGGGCCAAAGUUUGCCCAUGCCUGAUCUAGACACUAGACUCCUAUUUAUGCAGGUCAAAAUCCCAUUGGCUUUUUUAGCUGCCGCAAAAGAAAGUCUCAGCUACUCCACUCUUUUGAAAGGUUGAUUAUUUGGACUUUGAGCAGGAACGAAAUAGUAGUGUGUAAUGGAGCCAGGGCUCAUAGAGUCAAGGUACCGUGACUCUUUCACUAGCAGGGAUUUUAUCCCAACCUCAACUUCCCAUCUAAAUGUAGAUGCAAUUCUCACUAUAGCUCAAAGAGAAAUGAUUUUUUCUAACAGUAUAUUAGCCUCAAUAUAUUGACCAAAAUCCAACUUUGGGUGCAUCCAGUUCCAGAUUUUGUUUCUGUUCUUGGAUUGAAAUACAGUAGAGUCUCACUUAUCCAACAUAAACAGGCCGGCAGAAUGUUGGAUAAGCGAAUAUGUUGAAUAAUAAGGAGGGAUUAAGGAAAAGCCUAUUAAACAUCAAAUUAGGUUAUGAUUUUACAAAUUAAGCACCAAAACUUCAUGUUAUACGACAAAUUUGACAGAAAAAGUAGUUAAGUUCGCAGUAAUGCUAUGUAGUAAUUACUGUAUUUACGAAUUUAGCACCAAAAUAUCAUGUAUUGAAAACAUUGACUACAAAAAUGUGUUGGAUAAUCCAGAACAUUGGAUAAGCGAGUGUUGGAUAAGUGAGACUCUACUGUAAACAGAACGGUGGAGCUGGUAUACAAAUUAUUUGAACAUACCAAAAAUAUUCUUUGCAUGAAUCACUGAAAUUUAUAUGCAUCUCUGACAUAAAAAAGCAGAAAGAAGAAGAACAAAAUCUGUAGCCUUUCUAAUCCUUUCAACCAAUCUGGAUGCAACACUAUUUUAUUCCAAUGUAAAAUCGGAAAGAGCAGGAACAAAAUCUAGGGACUUUUCAGUCUGGCUAUAUUUGUUGUGAUGGCAAUUACAACAAAAGAGUUCCCUUGUUGUAGUUACAAUGGAUGAUACUCUUUACUCCAAGCUUAUCUUUGCAUAUCUUGACCAAACUUUUUUUUUUUGAAGUUCUGGAAAUCUGAGCACUGCAAAAUGACAUCUGCUGUGUUUUUCCAGCCAUGGGGUGCCUUGAGACACCCAUCAGGGUCAUGCAACAACUCUUUAUCCUAAGGCAUCUCAAGGGCAAUGAGAUAUCAUUUCCCAGUGCUUUUAUCCCCAACCCCCAUAAAUGCUUCAAUUGUAGUGCUGUCAAUCUGCAAAGAUAGGCUUUUGGGGUCACACUCUUUCAUUCAUGAAUGGGACCAUGUCUUCCCAGCAGUUGUGAUAAUAUCAGCCUAACAUCCAGUUUAAAAUGUUGUGAACUGCUAAACAUCAUUAGUCACAGCUGGAUCAUACCUACUGAAUCCAUGGGAUUUGCCUGCAUAUUGAUACACCCAUCCAGCAAUACAUUCAGUGAGCCUCCACAAACUAACUAACCAAUACGAUUCAAGUUGCUGUAAUGCCCAAGUUUUCGCUUAGUCUUGAAUGGGUGAUUCAGACUCCUUUGCUUAACAAAAUGACCUGAUGGAGCAGAAAAUUGAUACGACUGGUUUGAGAAUAUAGAUAGAUCAACAGCUUCUAGAAUUUGUACUUCAAACAUUUCCUCAUUGGGGUGGCUGUGGAUCAGUAGGGCAGAUGAGGCUUGGACAGUUCGCUAAAAUGGGGUAUUUUCUGUAUUAAAAGAUACAGGGGAGCCUUGCAACUAAUUAAAAAGAUACUCUAUAGCUCCUAGAAUCUUCAAGGUUCAGGAAUAUAGUCUCUGUUUUGUCCAGAGAAAGCUUGGCCUGCAGAUUCUGAAGUUUUAGGGCCACAAUUUACUGAACCUUGUCUUAAUAAAAAUUAUUAGUUAGCACAAACUAACUAAUAAUUAGGAGGAGGAGGAGGAGUCCAAAUGCAUUAAGAUGAAAGCAUUUCCAAGCCAUACCACAUUUCCUCCAACUGUCCCACUUUAUUAAGAAAAGUCCCAAUUAAUCCUCUGCUAUCCCACUUUUUGAGCUGCUUUUAAAAUGUCCCAGUUUCUUUCUUCUCCCAUUUCCCUCUAUUAUCCUCAACCUACUUUGGUUGCUGCAAAUUAAGUUCAAAAGGCAAAUGCAGUCUGUAUGCUAUUAACCCAGCAGAGAGGAAAGGAGAGGAGGAAGUGAAAUUUGGCACUUUCCAGUAAGCAACAGCAAAACCAAUUGCUUCAGCCUCUCCUAUGUAGUGUGUGCUUCCUCAUUAAUGGUUGUUGUCAACUAGGUCGCACUCUCUGGUUGCUUGGCCACACAUGUCCCCAUAUUAAUCUGUGAAAUAUUGGAGAGUGCUAUCCAUUUUCAACUCUGUGGUUUUUCAUUUUGUUCUCUUUUGGAGUCACUAUUUGAAAAAUGGGACAGAACUCUACAGAGCCCAAAGUUGCUAGAAGCUCUGGUACUGUUCCAUUAUCCAGGAUGAGGCCACAAGGGGGUGCUAGAGAGAGAAGGAUAGUCCAUUUUAUGGGGGAGAUGUGAAGGAGAAAAUUUUAUUUAUUAACAGUAUUUAUAUUCCGCCCUUCUCACCCCGAAGGGGACUCAGGGCGGAUCACAUUGUACAUUUAUAAGGCAAACAUUCAAUGCCAUAUAACAUAGAACAGAGACAGAGACAGACGCAGAGGCAAUUUAAACCUUCUCCAGCUUCCAGCUUCCUGAGGGUAUGCUUGAUUCUGGCCACAGGGGGAGCAGCUGCUUCAUCAUCCACUGUGAUGGCAACUUCCUCAUUCCAACGGCGGUUGGAUGAUUUUUAUGGUGUCAUAAAUUAGCCUCCCCACAUAUAAGUGGUUACCUAAAUUUCCUACUUGAUAGAUGCAACUAUCUUUCAGGUUGCUUAGGUCAGCAACGAGCAGGGGCUAUAUUUUUAUUUUUAAUUGUUGGGUGCUCACUUCGACACGGGCUGGCCUCGAACUCAUGACCUCUUGGUCAGAGUGAUUUAUUGCAGCUGGCUGCUAACCAGCCUGCGCCACAGCCCAAAAACCAUUUCCCUCAUUUGCGCUAGUUAUUCCCUUCCCAUAUCAUAAACGAGGGUUAUUUCCAUGAUGUGAACAUGGGUGGAGAAAUAACAGGAAAGCUGUGGGAAAUGAUUUUACUCCUUCAAGUCACCCCCCCACCCCCUUGUGACCUCCGCCUGGAUAAUGGAACAGUACCAAAGCUCUUGAUAAGCUGAAAACAAGUACAGUGAGACAUACCUGAGAUUGUUACUAGAAAAGAAGAAGGUAUAUGUGACUGAUCUUGUACUUCUCAAACAAACAUUGGUGCUAAUACUCGCAGCAAAUCGAUGUAUCUUAUUUCCCCAUGAAAACGCUUUCUACAAAGCAUUUGAGGAAAGAAGAAACAAUAUUGGGUCUUUAACAGGAAUGUGCCAGAUCACAUCCCUCGGUGCUAUUUCUUACGUUGUUCUGGCACAUUCCAGAAUAAACCCCCAUCACCACCAAAAAAACCCAGCACAUGACCUCAGUCUAAAUCCAAUUGCUUGUCCCAUCUGCAGCAGAAGAAAUGGAAGUGAUGAGAACCUAAUAAGUCAAUACAGUCACCCUUCUACAUUCACUGGGGUCACAGGAUCCCUGCAAAAGAAGAAAAAACAUGGAUAAAAAAUCUCCAGGUUCUCCAGCAUAUUUGUAUGGUCAACUUUUGCUGGAAAAAGAUUAUAGGAUCAUAUUGGAGGACCUAGAGAUGUUUUACAGAGGUGUUACUUUUAGGAAUCUAGGUCCUCCGGCAUCAUUCUCAGACCAACUGCCAACACAAUAUGAUGACCAUGGAAUUUCACUGGAGGGACCCAAGAUUGCUAGAGAUAGUAUUUUAACCCAGUCUGUAAAUACAGUAGAGUCUCACUUAUCCAACAUAAACGGGCCGGCAGAAUGUUGGAUAAGCGAAUAUGUUGGAAAAUAAGGAGGGAUGAAGGAAAAGCCUAUUACACAUCAAAUUAGGCUAUGAUUUUACAAAUUAAGCACCAAAACCAUGUUUAACAACCAAUUUGACAGAAAAAGUAGUUCAAUCCGCAGUAAUGAUAUGUAAUAAUUACUGUAUUUACGGAUUUAGCACCAAAAUAUCAUGAUGUAUUGACAACAUUGACUCCAAAAAUGCGUUGGAUAAUCCAGAACGUUGAAUAAGUGAGUGUUGGAUAAGUGAGACUCUACUGUAAUCAUAUCCGCAAAAGUCAAAUUUGUGAAUGUGGAGAGCCAAGUUACACAAGUUCCUUCAUAUCCACAUCUUCAAACAUCUUGCAUGCCCUCAAAUAACAGUAUUUGAACUUCUUUGCUCUUCUCUGUUUGCAUAUCAUUUUACCCAUUGGCAGUGUCCUGUUAGUGACAUAUGAAAGCACUCUGAACAGUAAUCCCUAGUGGAAGCUAAUAUUAUCUUUCCCCUCCCCAAUAACUAAUGUCUGCACUCUCUGGACUCACGGUUUAGCUUCUCCUACUCACUCACCACCACCCACAACCAACCACCUCCCUGGCCAUUAAGUGCAAGGCAAUUGGUAAAGUUUUUGGCUAGGUCCCCAGAACACAAUGCAAAAAAAUGACAUCACUUGCUGAGAUCUUCAGAAGACCAGGGUGGAUGAUAACAUUGGUCUACUUCUAGUUGUGAGAACAUAUCUAGAUGCUUCUAUGAUCCAUGCUCUACACUUCUCCAGCCAUUGACUGGCUCUGGAGUGAAAGAUAGCAUUGAGUCUGUUGAGAGGACGAAUGCAGCAUAGUUCCACCUGUGGGAGCUUUUGUACUGCACCUUGUAAUGUGGGCUAUUAGCCCUUGAAUUCCCGCCAAUCAAGUAAAAUCUAUUUAUUUAUUGUGCAUGCAUAUGUACAUUAAUAUAAGAGAAUAACUGUACUUAUCCUAGAGAGCCAGCACUGAGCAGUGGUUUGACUGAUGUAACUGGAGAGGCCAAAUACUCUCUUGACUGUCAAUCUCAACCAUAGGAUAGCAAACUCUCCCUGAACAAGUUUUGCUGAGAAAUCUCAUGAUGGGGUUGCCUUUGGCUUCCAUUAGUUUAAAGAGACUUGAAUAAUAAUAAUAAUAAUAAUAAUAAUAAUAAUAAUAAUAAUAAUAAUAAUAAUAAUAAUUUAUUCUUGUAUCCCGCCCCAUCUCCCUGAAGGGACUCGGGCUGCUCACAUGGGAACCAAGCCCAGGGGUGUACAAUAAAAUACCACAGUAAAAACAAAUCCAAACACAAUAAUAAAUACAGUAGAGUCUCACUUAUCCAACAUAAAUGGGCCGGCAGAACGUUGGAUAAGCGAAUAUGUUGGAUAAUAAGGAGGGAUUAAGGAAAAGCCUAUUAAACAUCAAGUUAGAUUAUGAUUUUACAAAUGAAGCGCCAAAACAUCAUGUUAGACAACAAAUUUGACAGAAAAAGUAGUUCAAUACGCAGUAAUGCUAUGUAGUAAUACUGUAUUUACAAAUUUAGCACCAAAAUACCACAAUGUAUUGAAAACAUUGACUACAAAAAUGCCUUGGAUAUUCCAGAACGUUGGAUAAGUGAAUGUUGGAUAAGUGAGACUCUACCGUAUAUUGACAAAUUAGAAUACCAUACAUGUAGAGAAGAGCCAUCAAACACUUGAGGGGACUGGAACCAUUUCCAAGCUCUGAUAGUUUUCUUCAAAAAAUAAAUGGAGGAGCUUGUAGGGAAGAUGAAACUACCCUGUUCUUUGGGACUAAAGACAGCAGGGCUAAAAUCAGUGGGCAGAUAUUGCAGAGAAACAGGUUUUGCCUAAAUGUCAGGAGAAAUAUCACAAUGUCAAUAACUAUUCACCAAUGGAAUUGUCUUCUUUCAGAAGUUGUGAGUCUCUUCCUUGCUGGAGAUAUCUAAGCAGAGGGUUAUGAAUACUGAAGUUACAAGAUACUCGCACUGAACAAAAAACUUGGAUCUGAUAACCACCAAAAUUACUUCCAAUUCUAUGAUUCUUUGAUGGUCGCAAAAUACAAAAUAGGGCCUAAAAUGGGGACACUAAUAUUAGACUAAAUUCAUAUUGGAUGACACCACUAACCUGUCGUCUCCAUUGAGGUCGCAAGGCAGUAUGGGACAGAGUGACCCUAACAUGAUAUCCCCAUUGGAUCCAUGUGUUUUUAUUUUCUGUUUCCUCUUAAACCAUGUGCCUGAAUAGACAUUUCUGUCUACUUUCUCUGAUCACUAUUACAUCAGGGUCAUAUUGUCGUGUGUGUGUGUGUGUAUGUGUGCGUGUAUCUACUCCACGCAAAUCAUCUCCAUGGUGCUUGUCAUCUCUUUGCAGUAAGAUAAUAGUAAAAGGAACUCCUUCCCCAUGAAUUUGAGUAAUUGAUACAAUUGGAUAAUGGAGGUUCUAUGUCUUCGCCAUUCUCAAACAAUAGGCUCAUAAUAAUUUUAGAAAUGGCAAGAACUAUCAGCAAAUUUUGAUCAACUGAUAUAUUGCAUGGGGAAAUGGAGAAAUCAAGGAUAAUUAUCUUUGUAUUUGAAAGUCAAGUAAUGUUUUGGAGAUCAUGGUCUUCAUAAAGAUAGAAAUUUCACUGGAAGGAGUUGAGUCUGUCAGUCAGCUUCCCUGACAGCUGAAUCCUCUUGGUGAAUCCCAACUAGUGUAAAUCAACUGAAUCAUCUGUUGAAUGCUGAAUCAACACACAUGUAAAUCUUAUUGAUUCAAUGAGUCAACUCAAGUUUGAACCAAAGAUAGGAGCAAAGACUAUUUCCUCAUUAUAAACAGAAGAAGAAGAAAUUUUAAAGUUUUUUUUAAAAAAAAAAUGAUAAGAAAACAGAAAGUCUCACAAAGACAAAGUAUAUUUUCAAGGAAUAUUCACAUUAGGAGGCAGUUCAGCUUUAAUAUUUUGCAUCCACAAGCUGGCUUUUAAAAUCAUUUCCGUGGAUACAAAUAUAUUAAAAUGGAUUACUGGCUGCAUUCUAUGUAAAGAGAGUGAUGUGAAUUGAUUUUAGAAUUUGCCCCAUCCCAAAGGUCCUGAGCAAAUAAUAGCAUAUUAAAAAUUAAUGGCAAAUAUUCUGUGAAAGUAUAUUCAGCUUAACCCCAGGGCACCAAGAUUAGACUCCUCCAGAGUUGCUGUGUGUUGCAGAAUCAAUAAAGAAUUAAACAUACAAUGCAGGCAGUUUAUAACAUUGUGUUAUGAAGAACUGGAAAUCUCAAAAAAUCCAUAUAUAUUGUUAAUAUUUAAAAAAAAUAACAAGACAAAAAUUAGUCCAACAAAUUGAUUACUUUGUGGCUAUUGGGUCUCUUUUUGUCCUGUGCAAUGUAAAGUAUUGAGAUGAAAAAGAAAUUCUAUAAUUUGCAAGUAAACUGGGAUUGAAAAAGACUGCAGUAAUAGAAAAUUAAAGGGAAGAAAGUGUUCUUGCAUCCCUUUGUCCAAAUGUUGACAUAACCCAAAACACAGAUACCCUAAUCCUCGGGUUCACAUUGACUGUUGUUACAUUGUUCUUUUGGCUUCAGAUAGGCAUUCAGGAUCUGGGGUAAGAUGUUCACAUUUCUUCUUGUCAAGCUCAGGAUGAAAGAAAUCCUUCCAGAUUGAAGUUAGCAUGAUAAGCAUUCUGGAAGCUAUGAGAUAACGCAAGAGCUGUGUUGUCCUUCUCAUCUAGUCCCUCAACACCAAGGCCAUGACUACACAGCCAAAAUUAAGUUGACCCAUCUAUCAGCUGCUUCAGGGGAUCCACAUGAUACAUGGCUGGAUUCUCAGCAGAAACACUGCAUCCUGGUGUUAAUGAAGGUCAAGAGGACAUGUGGUUUUACACCAAAGCGAUCCCAAAAGUUUGAUGGUGUGGACAGCUGGAUCAAGCUAGAUUCAGUUUGAUCAAUAUACUAGAUUUCCAACAGGAUCAAAAAAUACCCCAGAACUUACAUAAAGUAAGUUGCACAAGGAUUAAAGGAAGAGGAGCAGUAAAAGUAGCUACCAGAGCUUGAAAAAGUUACCUUGUUAGAUUACAGCUCAGGCUGAGAUUCAGUACUUGUACAGCAAUGACAUCUCAAUAGAUAUUCCAAUAAUUGGUCCAAAUCAUGGGGCAUGAGAGGAGUGGUACCUACACAACCCAUUGCAUUUCCAGUGAAAGGGACACUGCUUGCAUACUUUUAAUUAAUUUAAUUAAUUUACACCUUUCUCCCAAUAUGGGACCCAAGGCAGCACUGCACAUCUCCUUCUACAACGAUGUAACAAUACGGCCUUUGAGGCGUUGUUGCAUGCCUUCAAGGCUUUUAAGGAGCCUCGGUGGUGAAGUGUGUUAAAACACUGAGCUACUGAACUUGCGGACCAAAAGGUCCCAGGUUCGAACCCCGGGAGCGGCGUGAGUGGCCGCUGUUAGCUCCAGCUUCUGCCAACCUAGCAGUUCAAAAACAUGCCAAUGUGAGUAGAUUAAUAGGUACUGCUCCGGCGGGAAGGUAACGGCGCUCCAUGCAGUCAUGCCAGCCACAUGACCUUUGAGGUGUUUACAGACAACGCCGGCUCUUUGGCUUACAAAUGGAGAUGAGCACCAACCCCCAGAGUCAGACAUGACUGGACGUAACGUCAGGGGAAACCUUUACCUUUACUUUCAAGGCUUUUCUGGCUAACGGCGACCCUGAGGCAAACCUAUCACAGUGUAUUCAGGUUUCUGAGUCGCCCAAGGCCACCCAGUGGGUUUCCAUGGCUGGGUAAGGAAUCAAACCCUAGUCUUCAGAGCCGUAGUCCAAUGUUCAGACCACCACAUUGCUCUAGUCUGGUGCCCCAACAUGAUUAUGAAAACUGAAAUCUAAAAAAGGAACUUUUCUAAUCUCUGGAAACCAUUGAAAAGCCAUUUUCAGAGAAACAUUUAACCUAGAAAAAUGGUAGACUAGGUUCUUUGGCAUGUUCUUAGUUCAUCUUUCUUUCUUUACAUCAGAAGGUCACAGAAGGUGGUUAUAAUACGGACCUCUCCAUGCCGAGAACUGUAUUUGGCACUGGGAUUCUGCAAAGGAUGGAGAAUUUCACUCAGUCCCUUUCUGAAGUAUCUCUCCAAAUCUUGUCUUCUCCUCACCUUCUCCCCUUUGCUUUCACUGUUGAGGCAAUAACCAUGUUAGGAGAAGACAGCUAUGCUUGAAUGUUGGGAUUCAAACAAUAAGGGAUGACCCGUAUCUUCUUCAUCCCAUUUGAUGGAGCCUUAUGGUACUUUGUCCUGCAUGGAAAGGGGUUGGACUGGAUGCCACUUGUGGUCUCUUCCAAGUCUAUGAUAGUUCAGUCUGCCCAUCCUAGUGUCAACCAGAGUAAACUCAUUGAAUCAAUGGGAUUCACCUAUUCAGGGAACAUGCUUUAGGCUACAUAGAUUGAAAUAGACAGUUUUGGGGCAAACAGUCUGAUUUAAGGCGGCUUCACAUAUUCCUUUGUCUAGGGUAGGUGAAGAAAUGUAUUUCUGGCUGAAACUUAACUUUCAAAAUUUCAAAACAAAUUGCUAUGUGGAAUCCCAAGAACCUAUUCAUAACUCUAUUUUCCUCCCUUGCUUCCUUUUAAAUGAAUAAGUCUGAAGUUGGCUAAUCCAGAUGAAAGAGUGCAGUGGGCGAUAUGCUUUGUUCUUGACACUUUUUCUUUCCACGGGCUUCUCUUCGACAGGAUGUGUCAUAGCUCAGAUUGUAAUUUUGUGGGGUGGGGUUACUCAGACUUGGAACUGGAGUUUACAAAUACACUGGACAGCAUUCACUCCUGUUAAGUGUAAAUAUUCAACACAUCCAUUCCAUUUGUGUAAAAAAAAUUAAAAACAAUGAAAAUAAAGCACACACAAUGAGGAAAAAAAUAAGAUGUAUGUUUCAUAA